AUGCCCGUGCUGCACGCUCGAGACAAGGACCCCGGCCCAUUCGACCCCAAGAACAAGGGCUUUGGCGCGAAUGUCGCGGGUCUCGCCGUUAUCGUCGUCCUCGUCCUGGGCAUAACGAUAGCGCUUGCGGUACGAUAUGUGCGCAACCGCAACAAGCCCGCCGAGGACACGCAGACCUCGCAGCCUGGCACACAUUCCAUGUCCUCCCUCUCGUCCUCCUCCCAGAAUGAGAAGGCAAAUCCGCGGCCCAAAUCUGGCGCCCCCAACACAUUCUCCCGCGAGCAGCUCACGCGCUCUGUUGUACUUCCUGCGACGACGAUCCAACCGCGCCCCCACCGCCAGUCCCGGCAGGACAUCCUCGAUUUCUACCGCAAUAGCGGCGCAUUCCCGAAGCCCUUCCAUACCAUCACCUCGUCCGGCGGAUCGCGCAACUCUGUCAUCACUGCAGGGACUGCCUCGCGCAGCUCUGUCGCCCUCCACUCCCCCACGUCCGCCGUCCCCUCCCGCUCCUCGAUGCUCAACCCCAACGCACCCCGCCACUCCUUCAUCUCAGCUCACUCCGUCGGCUCGCGCUACUCGGUCAUGUCCGGCUACUCGUCCGCGCCCUCCAGCGCCGGCAUGUCCCUCAGCGGCCAGCCGCGCAAGAUCCGGCAGCUCUUCGACCCCGUCCUCCCCGACGAGCUCACCGUGCGCCUCCACGAGCGCGUCACGCUCGUGCAGACCUUCGACGACGGGUGGUGCGUCGUGGGCCGCGAGGCGCCCGCGCAGCCGGCGCAGCAGACGAGCCUCUUCCGCCCCGCGGAGGCGGCGGUCGAUAUGGGCGUCGUGCCUGCGUGGGUGUUCAUCAAGCCCGUGAAGGGCCUGCGCGCGGAGCGGCCGAUACGGAGCACGAGCCUGGGGAUCACGGUGCGCAUCGACGCGCCCGGGUUCUCGUCGAGGGACGAGUGCAUCUCGUGGUCGAAUUUCUGA